AUGUGCGAGAUGCUCGGCGUGGAUUGGAAGGGUGGUGGGCAGGAUGGGAAUGUUGGGGUUGAUGGGGUUGCAGAGCCGUCUUUUGGGACUCCCGACUUUGAGACAGGCCGUACAUUCAAGCACAGUCCGGUUGGGUUUUUGAAGGUUUUCUCGAGCAAAUUACCUCCGCCAAAUCAGCCACGUCGACCACGCAACUGGCACCGCCGCCAGCCUCAUCAACCACACCGCACCCCGUCCAACCCCAACCGAAUCCAACCCCGCCAGCACCGCCGCGCAAACCAGCGCGCUGGCAACCUGCGGGAGCGAAAUUGCCAUAUUGUGCAGCCCUUGGACGCCCGCCACGCCGGUUCGCACAUGGGCGAGUUCGGUGUUGAUCAGCGCGAACGGAAUCCACAUUGUCACAGCCCAGGUUGCGCCGAUGAGGGAGAGGAGGAUGAGGGAGACUGUGGAGGUUUGGAAGGGGAUUGUGAGGAGGAGGGAGGUGGUUGCGAGGAGUUGGGAGACCAACCAGAGGCGCGGGAGGUUGCGGGGGUUAAGGACGGUGUGGAUGCGGGAGAGGCAGGACAGGAGGACGGUGGACAGGAGGGUUCCUAG